AUGGCUCCAGUAAGCAAGACCGAAUUGGAACCGCCGAAUGGGGGGUGGAAAGCCUGGCGGACUGUAUUCGGCUCGUUCUUAUUGCAGACUUCGUCAUAUGGCUAUGUGACAGCGUGCGGUGUCUUCACUCUAUACUACAAGCAGGUUAUGCUACCAGAAUACUCAGCUUCUCAGCUAGGUUGGAUCGCCACCAUCGCCGUGUUUCUCAUUUUCGGUGUCGGUAUACCCAUCGGCGCCCUUGUAGACCGCUACGGCACUCGUCCUGUGGUGGCCCCGUUCGUUGCCCUGGGAAUCGUGUCUCUCGGUCUACUCAGUCUCUGCAAAACAUACUGGCAGAUUGUUCUCUGUCAAGGAGUCGCUUUUGGUCUAGCCUGCUCUGGUACAACUCUUCCUGCGGUAAUUUGUGUUACUCAAUGGUUUUCGACAAAACGCGGACUUGCUGUCGGCCUAGCAAGUUCCGGAAGCAGCUUUGGAGGUCUUAUUUUCCCUAUCAUGGUUUCUCGCUUGAUAAAUAGCCACGGAUUCAAAACAGCAAUUCACUGGUCUACACUAGUGGUCGGCGUUUGUAUGAUAGUUGGCCUAAUAUGCUGUGAGGGACCAUAUCCUCCAAAGCGCCUGGCCGCCAUGAAAGAAAAGGAAUCAAGCGCCACUCCGUCCUUAGAGUCACCAAAAACAGAUGAAAAGCCCGACGAGAGUGAAUUGGGUGUGUCGUGCUCCAUUGAAGCUUCAACCACCCCCAAUUCUGCCGGUAAAGUUCCUGGAAUGCGCCACAAUCUCGUUCCAUGGAUAGCUUUCUGUGUCGGUGUCUUCUGCUGCACGUUCUCCCUCUUGGUUCCUUUCGACUAUCUACCGACCAUCGCCGUGGAGCAGGGUAUGAAGCAGGAUCUAGCUCAAUAUACGCUCGCCAUGAUCAAUGCUGGGUCCAUGAUUGGGCGUAUUAUACCAGGAUUUGUAUCUGAUCAUCUUGGUCAAUUCAAUGUCAUGGCACUGGUCACUACCCUUUCCGCCAUUGCUCUCCUUGUGGUCUGGCUUCCCGUCUAUUACUUCCCCACAAACGGUGGUAUCAUUUUCUCUCUCCUUAUUUUACGGAUUUGUCUCUGGUGGAUAUACCAGCCUUUCGGUAUCGCCUGCCUUUGUCUUGCAUUCGGGGCGUUGGUGGGGAUUCCUGUCAGUGGCGCAGUAGCCGACGAUACUGGCAACUGGGGCGGGCUAAUCGGCCUAUCCGGCGCUAUGAUGGCUCUCGGUGCUGUGAGCUUUAUUGUUUCCCGGGUUCAAAUGGGUGGAUGGAACCCAAUGAGCAAGGUAUAA